AAUAAUCGAAAUUCUUCAACCAAUUAGCGAGUGCCAACUAGCAAGACAUCAAACAUAAUCACCACAAGAUCCUCCUCUUUCACAAACAUCAAAUAAACAAAGACUACUAGGGUUUGAGGUUUGCUCUGCCGACUGCAAAGGAGAGUUUGAGAUGAGUGACUUUCGGGUUCUGACUCUUAAACAUAUUUGUGACUUUGGGAGCAACGUUGUUUGGAUGUUUGAAGUUGCUAAUUUUGUUGGUUUGAAUCUUGGACUUUUUCCCUUAGCCAAAGCCCAAAACUAUGUGAUUGUACUAAUAGGUGAUUAUCGAUUUUCUUAUGAUUAACCACCAAUCGUUCAAUCCAUUAGCGAUUAACUAAUAAGCAAAAUACAACUAACAUAAAUCGAACCAUUAAAAAUUCUUGAUUAUCAAUUAAUUACUAAUUAGCAUUAUUAGUUUAAUCGAUAACGGACUAACUGUUUGCCACUCAAUAGGAAUGAUUUCUUCCUCCUCAUCCUUUGAUGUACGUGCCCCUUUUGCACAUAAUUUAGGGCUGAGAAUCGGUUUCCUCAAUUUCAUUGCACACUUGGGUUGGGUAAUUGGGUUGCACCAUAAUAAGUUAUGGGACUCGAUUCCUGCCCUCAAUUAUCUUUUGUUUACAGUAAAGGCUGCUAUUGGUUAUUAUAACUAACAAUGGCGUCUAGAUAAGAUAAUUGGUUGGUUUAGUUCCAAGUUAGGUCUUCAUAAUUAUUUGGGUCGAGGACCUACUAUUCCAUGGUUGAAUUGCUACCCAAGCUACCAAUAAUUACAGGGAUAAACAAAUGAAGCUGGUACCUAGCUAGCUUCUAGUAGUGGGUUCUUCUAGUGAGUAGUGAUAUACAUAUCAUCACAUCAGGUAACAAUGGAUUAUGAAAGAGAUGGGGUAUCAUAAUCAUCUGCGAAUAAGAAAUGUUCAAUCAAGGAUAUCAACUUUUGGCUGGUAUUGAAAAUAUCAUCGAUUUUGUUUUCUAAUACAUCUCUAUAGAAUGCUAAUAAGAACCGUUUCAUUUUUGUAGGUUGGCCCGGUCUAUUGCUCUUUUUUUGUGCCUAUUUCGCCGUAGGGAGUUGGUGUACAGGAACAACCUUUGCAACCUCGUGGUAUACUCAGGAAUUAGCUAGUCCCUAUUUGGAAUGAUGCAACUUCUUUACUACCGCAGUUUCUACUCCUAUUAAUAGUUUAGCCCAUACUUUGUUGUUACUAUGGCGUCCUAAAGCACAAAGGGAUUUUACUUGUUGAUGUAAUAUGAUUUAGUCGAACGAAAAAGAAUUGAAUUGAGAGAAGAUAAAUCAUAAUUUUCCAACCAAAUAAGUCGGAGAGUACAAAAUUGAUCAAAGCUUGUUUACUCCACAGAGAGGUAUGUAAUGGUAUAAAAGAUAUCAUGUAACUUAUAUUCAAUACCAUUAUAACGAUUAGCGAUGACAAAUUCUUAUCCAAUCUAUGAAUACAAUUCAUUCAUCCACUAAAAUAUCUAAUUAAUCCAGUCUAUUUAAAUCUAAUCUAUUUGAUCUAAAUCUAAUUGGAUUGGUGGAUUCAUAAAUUAUUGUGAAAUAACAAUUUAGUGCAUGUAUUUUUAUAUUUUACAAUUUGGUACCUAUAAUUUAAUUUUUUAUACAAAAAAUAUUAUUGAAAAAUUACCUUUUGGUGCCUAAAUUUUUUUAUAGUGACUUUUUAGUAUUUCAAAAUUAAAAUAAUAUUCCAAGGUAUGGAUGUCACUUGGAUUCAUAAAUCAAUCCACCAGUCCAUUUGUCCAAUUCAUAAAUUCACCUAUUCAUUUGAUCCAAUCCGUCCCAGAAUCCAAUCCAUUUUGCCACCUCUAAUAAUAACGAUGCAAUUUUGUGAAUUAAAUGUAUGACUCUCCAAAUUAUAUUUUCGUUGGAAAAUAUUAACGAGGUUAGUAAAUCAUUUCUCCAAUAUAGUUGCGGGAAUAUGUUGAACGAAGGGUAUUUUCAGAACUCAAGAAGCAUCCAUAACUGGGAAUAAUACUCCGGAGAGUCUAGGGUAGAGAUGGCAAAUGGAUCGAUGGAUUGGAUCAAAUCCACCAAUGUAUUUGAUCCAUAGACCCAACUAACAUUUAAAAAUUGGAUCAUUUUGUAAAAUUUGAAGGUACUAAAUUGUGAUUAUGAAAAAUGUGUAGGUACAAAAAAAUUUGAAUGGUAUUUUUUUUUGUUAUUUAGGUAUCAAAAUUUACAAUAUAAAAAGUUAGGUACUAAAUUGUAGUUUUCUAAAUACUCAUAAAUUUACCGAUUCAUUUGGAUUUAAGUUAAUGUAUUGGAUUAGUUGGAAAAGGCCUAUGAUAUAAUCGAGUGGUCCUUUUUGUUUGCACUUCUAGCAAAAAUGGGAUUUAGUGCGCAAUGGAUUGGUUAGAUUAAGGAAUGUUUAUCUUCUGCAACAUUUUCAGUCAAGAUGAAUGGAAAAUCAUCCGAUUCCUUCGAUCUCAAAGAGGGUUGAGACAAGGGGAUCAUUUAUCACCCCUUCUAUUCGUAAUUUACAUUGAAGGUUUCGAAUCAUUAUUAAGUCAAGCAGUAACUGAAGGCUUUUGAAAGGGAUCAAAGUGAGUCUGCCCAGUCCAAGUGUUUCUUACUUGUUCUACGUAGAGGAUUCCUAUUUUUCCCUAAAAAUAUCAAACUAGGAAUGCAAUAUUAUGUUACAUAUACUCAAUGAGUAGCAAAUCCUCAAUGAAAAGAAAGAUAACCUUUUGAAAUCCGCUAUAUGUUUCUGUCAUGAUGUGGAUGUUUUAGAUCACCAAGAGAUGAUGGCUAUUUUGGGGGUUGGAGCUAUGGAUGUACAUGAUAAAUACUUAGAAUUGCCUACUUUAAUUUAUUGAUCUAAAACAGAGUCCUUCUGGCAUUUGGAAGAGAAACUAUGGAGCAAGAUACAAGGCUAGAAACAAAGAUGCUUGUUUUGGACGGCGAAAGAGACCUUACUUAAGGUCGUGGCAGCUGACUUACCUAUACACAUUAUGUCGUAUUUUUUAUUGCCUUUUACUCUUGUCAGAAUUUGGAUAAGCAUAUGGCACGAUUCUGGUGGGGAUUUUUGUUCGAAGGAGACAAGCCUCAUUGGGUGUCAUGGAAAAAUUUGUCGCAUUAAGUUUAACGGGGAUCCUAGAUUUUGCGGAUUUUAGGAUUUCAAUCAAGCAUUACUAGUAACAGCAAUCUGGAGAUUGCUUAAUGAUUCACAUUCUUUGUUAACCCAGGUUCUGAUAGGAAAGUAUUUUCCAUACUCUUCUCUUCCAGAGGCGACAGGUCGUUCAUGAACGUUUUUGGGUUGGCGUAAAACUUACAUGGAAGAGACUUGUUAUAGAAAAGCUUGUGGUGGCAGAUUGGUAGUGGAGCUUUAGUACGCAAUUUGGAAGAUAGUUGGAUUCCUAUAAUUAAUAUUGUGUCAAGACAUUUGAAACCGCAAGCUCCUCUGUCGAGUGGAAAAAAGAUUUGCAUUGAUAAAUCCAGGAACAGGCGAGUAAUGUGAGGAAUGUUUGGAGAAAUGCUUUCAACCCGACCUACGUCGGCAGAUUGCUUGUCUUUCGCUGCCAAGGUUGUCGAUAAUGGAUCGACUAGUUUGGAUUGCAGAACCUGAUGGACUUUACUCGGUUCGGUUCGGGUAUCACAUGGCCAUUCAAUAUAGACGUAGGGAGCCAGGGUGGAAAUUUGAAGUAUUAUUUGUCGAUACAGUGUUCUGGAAGCGAGUUUGGGGAUUCCCUAUCCCGCCCAAACUCAAGUUUUUUCUUUGGCAAUUGCUUCGCAGUAUUCUACCCAUGACAGAAGCUUGUCGGGAGAAAGGGAUUUCAUGUCUACCACUCUGCCCGGUGUAUUCAGAACCUUUAGAAUCUCUUUAACAUUUGUUCAUUUAGUGCAGGUUUACGGUCGAGUUAUGGGAAGGAAGCAACAUUGGUCCAGCUUGGCUAGGGCUGGAAGACUCAAUAGGGCGCAUUUGGAAAGCCCGAAACUGAGUUGUGUUCGAUCAUGUCCAGUAUGUGAUUCCUCAGCGGAGCAAAUCAUGAGACUUAUUGCGUUACUAUAGCGCAUUUGGAAAGCCCAAAAUUGGGUUGUGUUCAAUCAUGUCCAAUACACGAGUUUCGUUCUCUUGUAACAAUACCAAGAGCAGGUUUGGGAGUAGUUAGCUCUUCCAAUGCCAUCGAAUCCUCCACUUGUAGCCACGAGGCUCAAAAUAUGAUAGCAUUCGUGUGUUCUGUGGAUGGUGUUGUUAGUUAUGGCUCGCAUUCUACUAGGGGGUUAGUAGUGCAAUAUAGAACGGGUAAAAUGGUUUUUGUGCAGGGAUUUCUUUAUGCAUGUAUUCAUGAUCCCUAUGUCCUGUAACAGCUGGCGCUCCGAGAUGCUAUUCGCUGGUGCUUUUUGAAAGGUCUCACUAAGGUGGUGUUUCAAGAGGAUGCAAAAAUAGUUCCCGAUAAGGUAAGGGGGAAAGAGAUACAGGAUGUCAAAGUUGGUAUCAUUUUCGAGCAAAUUGAUUGGCUCAGGCAGUAUUAUGUUCACUUUGCGGUGGAAUUCAUCGGAAGACAAAACAAUAUGGCGGUCCAUUUGGUGGCUAAAAAGGUCCUUUCUUUGUUUCCUGCAGGAAUUAAUGAUUUUGAUUUUCAUCAUUGGUUUCAAUCGUAGUUGUAAGCUUUGGUUUUCUUGAUGGGUUGUAAAGUGUAAACGCUGGUAACUUCUCAGUUUCUUGGUAAUACAAGUUAGAUUUUGGCCAAAAAAAAAGUACUACUUAAGAUUUCAAAGGUUACCACUAGACUAAGCCUUCGUUCGUAAAAAAAUGAAAUGUACUUGAGCUUGGAAAACUAGUUUAUACCAUUAUGUCUGUUUGGAAACUGAUAUGGUGCGACCUGUGGUACAACCGGUUUAUACCAGUUCAUGUUGUCUUUCGCAAAACAUGUAAGAAAAUAGAAAAUCGUUAAUACUAAAUUAAUUUAGACAUACAUAUAAUAUAUUUGAAGACAAUCUCUAUAAAAUCCAUAUUCAUACUUAAAUAAAAUACAACAUUCCAAAUAAAAUUAAAAUUAUCAUAUUUAAUGAAAAAUUUAAAAAAAUUAUACUGAAUCGAACAAAUAAUAUAAAUAUCUAUACAUUCUGACUUGAAUCCAACAAAUAACAUCAACACUUAACAUUCAAAUUUCAGAAAAAAUUAAAAAAAAAAUUAUUUUAAUAAAAUCUACCAAAACAACGUCAUUUUGUUUAAAAAGUCAAAUCGAUCACGUCAAUCAUACAAAAACAUUCCAACCAAUUUUAUAACCGAGUACCGGCAGGAGAACCAUAGUUUAAUUAGUGAUGGCAACUUGUUACAAUAUGAACACAUAUUUCUUUUAAUAGCUAGAGACGAUCUUUCAACUUGUUAGACUCAAUUACUCAUUCUAUUAUCACUAUUUUCAUUCAUAAAAGUGUUUUUUCCUUCGUUUUAUUGUAAAAAGCUAUAUUUGCGUGUAUUUUUUUUCAAAUAACAUAUAAGAGUGGGUCGGUCCGCCCCACCCCAUACCUACGUAAAUUUUGUCCAUCCCGACCCACAAUAACGUGGAACGAAGCAUGAGUAUUAAGGUACCCAUCUUGCCGUUACCAUCACUAAUAAGUUUAAUGGUUACAACACCUUUUUUUCCAUCUCUCUCUCAUUCUCUCUCUUCGUCCUUUCUAUUUUUAUAAGUUGUGUGUUUUGUCUGGGGCGGAGGGACGAGGAACGAUGAAGAUGAACAGCCAACCGCGGCUUCCUCCUCCUUCCUUCUCUCUCUGAAACUGGAGAAGAAGCAGUAGACGAAGACGAAGAAGCCGCAGCAGCAGCGGAGGGAGCUGUGGCAUGGAACAAGAGCUGGCCAUGCUCCGCCAGCUCAUUGCUCAGCUCCAAGACCUCUUGAACUUCUACGGCUCUCCUCCUCCGCCGCCGCUCCGCCAUCUCCACAACCACCACCUCCUCCUCCCUCACAAUGACAGAUGCUGUGUCCUCAACAUGGAAGAUAGCUCUGCAGAUGACUACUGCGGUCUCCUGAUGGCUGCCGAAAAGCCAGAAACUUUCACAGUGUUGGAACCCACCAAGCCUCCACCAGCAAAGAAAUUACGGAAAGAGCGUAUUACUCGAGGCAAAUUCUCUUGCCCUACUAGCACAACAGAGGCCAUGGAAGCUGAAAUCUGGAAGGAUUUCCCAGAAGACCUCUUCCAACCCGUCAUUGCCAGACUACCUGUUCCUACAUUCUUCCAGUUCCGUUCGGUCUGCAAGAAAUGGAACUCUUUGUUGCACUCUGAGAGCUUCUACCACCACUCCGCGCGAGCUCCAGAACCCGACCCAUGGUUCUACACAAUCACUCACGAGAACGCAAACUCGGGAGCCAUGUACAAUCCUUCCUCGAAGAAAUGGUACCACCACCCUACGGUUUCCUCUCUCCCAGAUAAGGCGAUCGUCUUGCCGGUGGCUUCAGCAGGAGGGCUUGUUUGUUUCCUCGAUAUCGGCCAUAGAAACUUCUACGUCUGCAACCCUCUAACUGGUUUUGUCAGAGAGCUGCCUGCUCGUUCAGUCAAGGUAUGGUCCCGUGUUGCCGUUGGGAUGACCUUCAACAGGACUGCGUAUAAGAUUCUAUGGGUGGGUUGUGACGGUGAGUACGAGGUUUAUGACUCGAUCAGCAACUCGUGGACUCGACCUGGUUCAAUGCCAGCCAGCAUCAAGCUUCCGUUAUCUCUAAACUUCCGGUCUCAGGUGGUUUCAGUCGAGAACACUCUGUACUUCAUGCGUUCUGAUCCCGAGGGGAUUGUCUCGUAUGAUGUGGCUUCCAGAAUGUGGUCCCAGUUCGAGAUUCCUUCCCCCUUACAUCUGAACGAUCAGGCGCUGGCAGAGUGCUCUGGCCGGAUCAUGCUGGUGGGCCUGCUGACGAAGAACGCAGCGACGUGUGUGUGUAUAUGGGAGCUGCAGAGGAUGACGAUGCUGUGGAAGGAGGUAGACAGAAUGCCAAACUUGUGGUGCUUGGAGUUUUACGGGAAGCACGUGAGGAUGACUUGCUUGGGCAACAAGAAAGGUUUGCUUAUGCUGUCAUUGAGGUCGAGACAGAUGAACCGGCUGGUCACGUACGACGUGGCGAGCGGUGAGUGGGAUAAGGUUCCAAGUUGCUUGGUGCCAAGUGGAGGUAGGAAGAAGCAGUGGAUCGCCUGUGGCACUGCGUUUCAGCCUUCACCUACUGCCGUGGCCUGAUAUUCAUCAGACUCCCUCCCUCUAUGUAUGGUUCCGUUUUUUCUCUCCUUUUUCUCUUUUGUUUUGAUCGACAAACGAACAAUCUGUAAGACUGCAACUGUCUGCAUCCUGUUUUGUCGAUCAAGUAGAAAAUGGUGCAUUCGUUUUUCUUUGGUUUGUAGCCGUUGAUUGUACAGACUAUGUUGUGAACGAAUAACUUGUUAUGUUUGCAGAGACUAUUGAAUUGCUUGCAAUUAGGGAUGGCAAUCAAACCCAUGGCCGCGGGUAUCCGACCGCCCCCGACCUAGUCAACGCGGGGAAUCCCCGCUUUGACCGGGUAUGGGGCGGGUAUGGGUAAAACUCGCAAAAAGUUUGAUGGGUAUGGGGCGGGUAUGGUUUUAGCCUCCCCCGCCCCAUACCCAUCCCCAUACCCGCCCCGCCAAGAUAAUUUCUUCACAUAUAAAAAAAUAUGUGCAUCAAAUUAUAAUCUAUCAAUGAUGAUGAGGAUAACUUGAGAAAAUAAAUAGUAGAAAUGCAA